UAUUUAAAAAAUAUUUAACCAUUCAUGAGUUGAGCCUCAUUCUUGAGUUAUGGAUGACAAAGCUUCUGUUGGAAAAAUCAGUGUCUCCUCAGACUCAGUAUCUACUCUUAACAGUGAAGAUUUUGUCUUGGUUUCCAGGCAAGGAGAUGAGACACCAUCUACAAAUAAUGGAAGUGAUGACGAGAAGACUGGACUCAAGAUUGUAGGGAAUGGAAGUGAGCAGCAAUUGCAGAAAGAGCUUGCAGACGUGCUGAUGGACCCUCCCAUGGAUGACCAGCCAGGGGAAAGGUCACAGCUGGAUGGUGAAGGAGAUGGGCCUCUUUCUAAUCAACUCUCAGCUUCGUCCACCAUUAACCCUGUGCCACUAGUUGGGCUUCAGAAACCAGAAAUGAGUUUGCCAGUGAAACCUGGACAAGGAGAUUCUGAGGUGUCAAGUCCUUUCACACCAGUGGCUGAUGAGGAUAGUGUGGUUUUCAGUAAACUAACUUACUUAGGCUGUGCCUCAGUAAAUGCUCCCCGGAGUGAAGUGGAAGCCUUGAGGAUGAUGUCCAUCUUGAGAAGUCAGUGUCAGAUUUCUCUGGAUGUAACCCUCUCAGUGCCGAAUGUUUCUGAAGGAACUGUGAGGCUUUUAGAUCCCCAGACCAAUACUGAAAUAGCAAACUACCCUAUCUACAAGAUCCUCUUCUGUGUCAGAGGGCAUGAUGGGACUCCUGAGAGUGACUGUUUUGCAUUCACUGAAAGUCACUAUAAUGCGGAGCUCUUCAGGAUACAUGUCUUUCGCUGUGAAAUACAAGAGGCUGUAAGCCGGAUACUUUACAGUUUUGCCACUGCCUUCCGCCGUACUGCCAAGCAGACCCCACUCUCAGCCACUGCCACGCCGCAGACUCCUGACAGUGACAUCUUUACCUUCUCUGUGUCUUUAGAAAUAAAAGAAGAUGAUGGUAAAGGUUAUUUUAGUGCUGUUCCCAAGGACAAGGACAGGCAAUGCUUUAAACUUCGACAGGGUAUCGAUAAGAAGAUCGUCAUCUGUGUGCAGCAAACAGCCAACAAAGAGCUUGCCAUUGAAAGGUGCUUUGGUCUUCUCCUUAGCCCAGGAAAAGAUGUCCGAAAUAGUGAUAUGCAUUUGUUGGACUUGGAGUCUAUGGGCAAAAGUUCAGAUGGAAAGUCGUAUGUCAUUACUGGAAGCUGGAAUCCCAAAUCCCCACAUUUUCAAGUUGUGAAUGAAGAAACUCCUAAAGAUAAAGUGCUGUUCAUGACAACAGCUGUGGAUUUGGUGAUAACAGAAGUACAGGAGCCUGUUCGAUUUCUCCUGGAGACUAAAGUUCGAGUCUGCUCACCCAAUGAGAGGCUGUUUUGGCCCUUCAGCAAACGCAGCACUACUGAAAACUUCUUUCUGAAACUGAAGCAGAUAAAGCAGAAAGAAAGGAAGAAUAAUGCUGACACUUUAUAUGAAGUUGUGUGUUUGGAAAGUGAAUCAGAGAGAGAGAGGAGGAGAACUACAGCCAGUCCUUCUGCUCGCCUGCCACAGUCUGGAUCUCAGAGCUCCAUGAUUCCUUCUCCUCCAGAAGAAGAUGAUGAAGAAGAUAAUGAUGAACCUCUCUUGAGUGGAUUUGGUGAUGUAUCCAAAGAAUGUGCAGAAAAAAUUCUUGAAACAUGGGGAGAGCUAUUGUCAAAAUGGCAUCUCAACUUGAGUGUGAGACCGAAGCAGUUGUCAUCUUUAGUGAGAAGUGGUGUCCCGGAAGCUCUUCGUGGAGAAGUCUGGCAGCUGCUAGCAGGCUGCCAUAACAACGAUCACUUAGUGGAAAAGUACCGAAUUCUCAUCACAAAGGAGUCUCCCCAAGACAGUGCUAUCACAAGGGACAUUAACCGCACAUUUCCAGCUCAUGACUACUUCAAGGACACGGGAGGAGAUGGACAAGAUUCCUUAUAUAAAAUAUGCAAGGCAUACUCUGUGUAUGAUGAAGAAAUUGGUUACUGCCAGGGCCAGUCCUUCCUCGCGGCUGUGCUGCUGCUUCACAUGCCUGAAGAGCAGGCAUUCAGUGUUCUGGUCAAGAUCAUGUUUGACUAUGGUCUCAGGGAGCUUUUCAAGCAAAAUUUUGAAGAUCUACAUUGCAAGUUCUUCCAGUUGGAGCGCCUCAUGCAAGAAUACAUUCCUGACCUGUACAACCACUUCCUGGAUAUCAGCCUUGAAGCACACAUGUACGCCUCCCAGUGGUUUCUUACACUUUUCACUGCAAAAUUUCCUCUCUACAUGGUCUUCCAUAUCAUCGACCUGCUCUUAUGUGAGGGAAUAAGUGUCAUUUUUAAUGUCGCCCUUGGAUUACUAAAGACUUCCAAGGAUGACUUGCUGUUGACAGACUUCGAGGGUGCCUUGAAAUUCUUCAGGGUACAGCUCCCUAAAAGGUACCGCUCAGAAGAAAACGCAAAGAGGCUCAUGGAACUAGCUUGCAACACGAAGAUUAGCCAGAAGAAGCUGAAGAAGUAUGAAAAAGAGUACCACACCAUGAGGGAGCAGCAGGCCCAACAGGAAGACCCGGCCGAACGGUUUGAGCGGGAGAAUAGGCGGCUGCAAGAAGCUAAUAUGAGAUUGGAACAGGAAAAUGAUGACUUGGCUCAUGAGCUGGUCACCAGCAAGAUUGCAUUACGGAAGGACCUGGAUAAUGCAGAGGAAAAGGCAGAUGCACUGAACAAGGAGCUGCUGAUGACCAAACAGAAGCUGAUUGAUGCAGAGGAUGAGAAGAGGCGGCUAGAAGAUGAGUCUGCACAGUUAAAGGAAAUGUGCCGCCGAGAACUUGACAAGGCAGAAUCAGAGAUUAAAAAAAACAGUUCUAUCAUUGGUGACUAUAAGCAGAUUUGUUCUCAAUUGAGUGAACGAUUGGAGAAGCAGCAGACUGCCAAUAAAGUGGAAAUUGAGAAAAUUCGGCAAAAGGUAGAUGACUGUGACCGCUGCCGAGACUUCUUUAACAAAGAAGGGCGUGUGAAGGGUGCCAGUUCAGCCAAGGGGGUUUCGGAUGAGGACAUGGAUGAAGAAAAAGAGACACUCAAGAAUCAGCUGCGGGAGAUGGAGCUGGAAUUGGCACAGACCAAACUGCAGUUGGUAGAAGCUGAGUGCAAGAUCCAGGACUUGGAACAUCACUUGGGCCUCGCCCUCAGUGAGGUGCAGGCAGCCAAGAAGACCUGGUUUAACCGUACACUGAGCUCCAUAAAGACAGCAACUGGAGUUCAAGGGAAAGAGACAUGCUGAGAACAGCUGCUGCCUCCAGACACCUCCAGAGAACAUGCCACCUUUGGUUGCCUUCUUUGGCCAGAUGUGUGAUUCUGGGACAGGACCAGAAUGUCCCUAGAUCAGAGCUGUAUAGCAUGUUGGUAGGUCAGUGGACCAGGGCCCCCGCAGCAGAUGCCAGCCCAACUGAUGCUUGGGAUGUAUGUGGGCCUGCCACCGAGUGCCCUAGGGCCUCUCUGCAGUAUAGGAACACCUCACCCAGCCAGAGGUGGGUGGGGCAUCCUCCAAUGUGUUAGUGUUUUGUUUUCUAAACCCUUUAUUUGAAAAAAAAGGAGAAAAAAAUUGUAUAUAUAUAUAUACACACACACAUACACAAACGCUUUAUCCUUUGGAUUGGGGGCAGGAUUUCAGAAAUUAGAUUAAUUCCUAUUUGUCAGUCCUGGCAGAGGCCCCCAGAGAGAUAAGAAACACUUGAGUAAAAGAGUCACUUAGUAAUGGCUCAAAUCACCUAAUUUUGUUAGCCCGUAUAGUGCACAGGUUUUGGUUUGGCAUUACUCACAUUUCUGAGCAAUUCUAUGCAACUUUCAUA